AUGGCGGUCAAAAAUCACAAUGUAGAGUACAAAUCAACCUAUAUCGCUGAGUCCUACUCCGGCAAAGGGAAGUACCUGAAGUGGAUCCGUUACCACGGCAGGGGGAUGUUUGGCAUCAUGGACAAAGUUAACUGUCACUACUUUGUGAAGCUGGUGGAGGGCUCGCCGCCCCAGAUCGAGGAGAAGACGAGCUUUGACCAGGCCAAAGAGUACGUCCAGAACCUGAAGAACCGGACAAUCAUCCACAGCCUGUAGACCAUCUGAUUGGAUAAUAUUUAUCAUGUACCUUUUACUGUAUUUCUGUCUGUGUGUGUUUCUUUAA